CAAAUCAUUCUCUUUUAAACUUCAACUCAGUUGGCACACAUCGCUAGUUGAUAACAGGAGCACAGUUUUAUCUCUGUACGUCAGUCAUUUCAUUGAUUCAUGUGGAACUCGUACCUGUUGGAGGGCGAGAAUUGAAGUGCAUUUCAAAAUAAGGGACACCGAAUCGUUUUUUUGGAUACACCAUUAAUGGUUUAAUUAUUUGUUUGGCACAUACAUCGGCGUACGAAUUGUCGUCGUUAUCGCGGUUUUCAUUUAUCUGAUAACAGUUGGCCGGGGACUGUAUUCUAGCGAAUAAUUGCACUGAACUGACGUGUUAAUAACCGAAUCUGUGAACAUGAGUGGCUCCAGGACAAAGAUAUUGCAAAAAAUAAGCCGUCACAGUAGCGAUGUCACAUCGGUGGAUUUUUUCGGAAAUUCACUGCUUGUUACUGGGUCAAGUGAUAAAACUGUGCGGGUUUGGCGUUGGACAGCAGGAAGAGGCUUCUGCGAGGAGGCAUUUUCACCAUUGCAAGGCCACAAGUAUGGAGUUACCAGUGUCCGUGUGUCACCUAAGGGCGCUGUGCUGGCAUCGGCAUCAGUGGAUGGUACCGUGAUCUUGUGGAACCUUGCCACCGGCGAGGAAACCGAUGUCCUCACACAGGAAGGGGGCGAAGCAAUUCGUGCAUGCAUCUUCAGUCCCAAUGGUUCGUCAAUCGUCAGCGCAGAUGACAGUGGAUCCAUUUGCGUCUGGGGACAGGACAAGAAUCUUAAAAGGCACCUGAAGAUUCAUGACGAGGCAAUUCACACCAUCGCUUUCUCCGCGGAUUCGAGCGUCUUACUGACAGCCUGCACGCUUGGAAACAUACGGUUCUAUGCCGUUGAGGAUGACUUUGAAGCCGAAAUAUCAAAAGCGGACUGCUUAAUCGACGGUGCGCACGAUAUGGGCGUGCUAUCCGCAGACUUUUGCAGAACAAUACACGUCGAUCCCGCCGACAAUUGCUCGAUAAUCUACACGCUGGCUACCUGUGGGACAGACCAUUUCAUCAAGAUCUGGCGAUUGUUCUACAUUCCGGCUAACGUGGACCGAAGUAAGAGGUCACGCCUUAUCCCCACCACACCUCAGGAGCACUUUGCUGGUCAGUCGACCAUUUACAGUACCGAAGUUAUGAAUGCCAGCUGCGUCCAGGUGAUUGCCGCUCAUGGCAGUUCGGUAACAUGUGUUAGAUUCAAUAGCACUGGUACGAUGCUGAUAUCGAGCAGCCUUGAUAAGAAAAUUAAAAUUUGGAACCAACAGGGAACGUGUCUUAGGACACUUUCGGAACACUCACGGUACGUGAACUGCCUCGCUAUCAAUGGUGACUCUUCGGUGCUCGCAUCCGGAUCAAACGAUCGCACAGUCGUCAUUUGGGAUCUCAACGAUAAACUGACAAUCGACUCCAAUAUCGUCGGUAUCAGAAAUUUGCUGUUUACUCUUGCUGCCAAAUCCAGCGAGAUUCCUUUGGAGUUUAUCUGUCCGAUUACACACGAAAUCAUGAAGGAACCGGUGUAUGCAGAAGAUGGAUUCACAUACGAACGUACUGCCAUUCAGGAAUGGUUCAGUCGUGAAAAGAUCAUGUCCCCGAUGACGAACGUGGAACUCACCACCAACGAGUUGGUGGAAAAUGGAAAGCUGAAGCAGAAAAUCGACGAAUACAUCAAAUCACUUGAUUUGGACGAUUUUAAAUAGGUUGAUUUUUUUUGGGUGAAGUUCGCACGUAGUAAAAUAAGGAAGAAAACAUGUGAUAAUAUUGUAACUAUCAAGAGCACCUGACUACAUUGUAGAUGUUAUUCAGAUUAAUGUCGUUAGUGGAAAGGUAGUUAAUUUUUGCACUCAUUUAGAUGAUCUUGUUUGCCCGAACAGCAGUACAAAUCGGGCUUGCCUCGUAUGCGGAAAACGCAAGAAUCACCGGAUAGAACCAUAAAAAUUUUAACUCUUUUUGUCUGUACUAGUAUUGAUAGCUAUAGUAGGUAGCGUAUGUUCACUGGGAAAUGUGAUAACAGAAGCAAUGUGUGAAACCACGAGGGCCAACGGUGAUGGUGAUUGUGCAAUGAUAAAUGAUGACACUACACUGCUUAUACUGCCAUGCUGGAUGAAAUGAGUACAGAUGGCAGCAGAACCAAAUCAAUCUAAAAGUGCCUAAACUUUCAUAUACUUUACUGUAGCGAACAAGAGAAACCAUUUCUAAUAAACAUAUUUUUAUCUAUAUCA